AUCUCCAUAACCAUUGCCAUUGUCAUCAUCCUCUCCCUCUCGUAGAAGAGCUUGAAAUUUGCUUUUUAUGGGGAUGCGACACAAUCAAACCGUUUCCUUAGCGUCCAAACGUCUUCCAGAUUUUCCCCUUUCUUCUCUCUUAAUCUUCAAGAAUCGCCUUUUCUCCGCUAGAUUCUGCUGAUCUCUGCAUUCUCCUCUCUUGCAUGGUCUUCUUUUUCUCUGUCUUUUUCUUCGUUCUAGAACGUUCAAGAACCUCUGCUGGUUUCUCUCGAACGCUUCAAUGGUGAUUAUGGGUUCUGGUGGAGGCGUGGAUGCCGCCAUGGCGACGGAGGGUGGUGUCGGAGAGUUUCGGGAUCUCGACCGGCCCCGUCUUCGGAAGUCUGGAUCGGCGGCCGAGGGAGCUUUACCCGAUGGUUCGCCGGAGGAUGAUGGCGGUGCACCGGUGGCUGACGUGAGGGGUCGGAUGGAUUCCGGCGAUGCCGCGGUGGAGCCCGCGAACUUCGCCGGAGAUAACGGCGGGAUUGCUGAGAUUAGGGAAACCAGAGGAGACCGCGCCAGAGGAGAGGUUGAUAUAAAAUUCACGUACCGGCCGUCGGUUCCGGCUCAUCGGAGGGUGAUGGAGAGCCCGCUUAGCUCCGAUGCAAUCUUCAAACAGAGCCACGCCGGGCUAUUCAACCUCUGUAUAGUUGUUCUUAUUGCAGUGAACAGCAGGCUUAUCAUCGAAAACUUGAUGAAGUACGGUUGGUUGAUCAGAACUGGCUUCUGGUUUAGUUCGAGAUCGCUGAGAGAUUGGCCCCUUUUCAUGUGUUGUCUAACCCUUCCGAUUUUCCCUCUGGCCGCCUUUUUAGUCGAGAAAUUGGUACAACGGAAAUGGAUAUCUGAACCUGUUGUCAUCCUUCUUCACAUUGUCAUCACGUCAACAGAGGUCUUAUAUCCAGUUCUCGUGACCCUAAGGUGUGAUUCCGCCUUCUUAUCAGGUGUCACUUUGAUGCUGUUCACUUGCAUCGUGUGGCUAAAGCUGGUUUCGUAUGCUCAUACUAACUAUGAUAUGAGAACCCUUUCCAAGUCUGGUGAUAAGGCCAAUUCUGAAGUCUCGUAUGUCGUUAACCUGAAGAGCUUGGCAUACUUCAUGGUUGCUCCGACAUUGUGUUACCAGCCGACCUAUCCUCGUUCUCCAUGUAUCCGAAAGGGUUGGGUGGCUCGUCAAUUUGCCAAACUGAUCAUAUUUACUGGACUCAUGGGAUUUAUAAUAGAGCAAUAUAUAAAUCCUAUUGUUAGGAACUCGAAGCAUCCAUUGAAAGGGGAUCUAUUAUAUGCCAUAGAAAGGGUAUUGAAGCUUUCAGUUCCAAACUUAUACGUAUGGCUCUGCAUGUUCUACUGCUUUUUCCACCUUUGGUUAAACAUACUGGCAGAACUUCUUCGGUUCGGAGACCGUGGAUUUUACAAGGACUGGUGGAAUGCAAAGAGUGUGGGCGAGUAUUGGAAAAUGUGGAAUAUGCCUGUUCAUAAAUGGAUGGUUCGCCAUUUGUACUUUCCAUGCCUGCGCCAUAGGAUUCCAAAGGUGUCUGCCUUUGUCAUUGCUUUCUUAGUAUCAGCAGUUUUUCAUGAGCUAUGCAUUGCGGUCCCCUGCCGUGUUUUCAAGCUGUGGGCUUUCAUCGGGAUCAUGUUUCAGGUGCCCUUGGUAUUCAUCACAAACUACCUGCAAGAAAAGUUCGGUUCGAUGGUGGGGAACAUGGUCUUCUGGUUCAUCUUCUGCAUAUUUGGGCAACCCAUGUGCGUGCUUCUCUAUUACCACGACCUUAUGAACCGCAAAGGACAGGCCUCCUAGUGAAGUCCUGUUCUGGCUCUCCAACAUAUGAAACCUUCUUUAACGAUCCGCGGGUUUCGGAACACAGAUCACUUUGUUCUAUUCUUUACGGUAGAAGAAAAAAAAGAGAGAAUGGGCGCUUUUGCCUAACCCAAAUUUUGGGUAGUCUAUAUUGAAACAAGUGAACGGUCAAUCUAUGUUGGAACACUCUGUUUGAAUCAGAGAAUCUGAGUUCAAAUGAUUGUAACAAAGCAUAUGGUCGGAUUCA